AAACACAUUAGUGUUCAAGGGUUAGAAACGUAAUUAAGCCUCAUCCCUACUCCUCCUUGCCUUAUCUAUCAUUAGAUGCUUCUUCUUCACCAGUGAAAAGGAGAUAGAGAUUGUGGCCAAAGCGAUUAAAAAAAAUGGCGGUUUCUCUCCCGAACUCGUUCCUCCAGAUCAACCCAUGUGCUCCUUCUCUGGUAAUUAGAAAGCCGGUUAAGGCGGCAGCGAUUGCCGCCAAAAGAGGAAAUAAACCGGCGGGAAGCAGUCCUUCGGUGGUUCAAAUAACGUGCAGGAAGAAGGAUUUGCACCCCGAGUUUCACGAGGACGCCAAGGUCUACUGCAACGGGGAGCUCGUGAUGACCACGGGAGGGACCAAGAAAGAGUAUGUGGUCGAUGUUUGGUCCGGUAACCACCCGUUUUACCUCGGGAACAGGUCGGCUCUGAUGGUUGAUGCUGAUCAGGUUGAGAAGUUCCGUAAGAGGUUCGCGGGGCUGUCGGAGAUUAUGGAGAUUCCGGUUCUGAAAGGAGAGAUCGUGUUGCCGACCAAGAAGAACAAAGGUGCUGGUAAAGGGAAGAAGAAAUGAUGAGACUUUACAAUGUCUCUUUUUUUUUGUUUAUUGAAUCAAAAGUUGACUGCUUUGGCUGUUGAGUGUUGUAUGUUAUACAUUUCUUCUGAAUGCAAAUGAUUAUGCUUUAUGUGGUUAUUGCUGUUGUUGUUAUUGAUGUCUAGUGUUUGAUGA